AUAGUUUAAAGUAAAAAUAAAUGAAAAAUAAAAAGUAAUUAACAUAAAAAAUAUAUUUCUAAUAAAAACAAAGCGAUUUCAUAUCGCUACUGAACAAAAACUAAAUACAACUUUGAGAAAAGAAAAUAAAUCAAGAUGCCGCGCACAAAAGUUUCAAAAAGUUCAAAGCGCAAUCGUGAGACAACAAAUCGUGAAGAAAAAGUUCGAGAGUUUGAAAAUUCUUUAGAUGGCAUUCAAAAUACACUCGACGAUAAAAUUCAGGAAUUUUUGACCGCCUAUGAGGAUGAAAUGAAAAUGUUGCUGCAACGAACACCACGGGCUUUGCUAAAGAUGAAAGCAGUGGAUGUAUUUUCUUUGGACUUAGAUCAUUUCACUGAUUGGGAACAACAAAAAUCAAAGAUGUUUAAUGCAUCUCUACAGAAUUCAACUUUGAAAAAAUCUGUCCGAGCUGCAAACCCCAACGAUGAAGGCUACCUUACAGAGGAUAGUUCCACGGGCGGCAGUAUUGGAUCAACAAUUGCAAAUCCUGCAUUUUUGAGUACUUCAACUAUGCUUACACAACCCCUAAUUCAGCAACAGUCGGCUCGUUUGCGUACUCCCGGACCUUUGAGCUCAGCCAGAGCUAGACGACCAAGACGUAGUCGUUCAGCAUGCGGUAAUUUAGCUCCCAUACCGGCAUCUGUUGCGAAACUAAAGCCGCAGCUAAGUGCAUCUGGUGGAGGAGGACAUGUCAGAGAACAUCACUCACGUAGUAAAAUGCGUACACCAAUGGCAAGUCGCACAAAGGCUCUCAGUGCGGAUCGUACUACCAAUAUUUGUAAUACAACUUCACCACAAUCGCCACCAACAUUUUUGCGUUUUCCCAAGCCAGGCGAAUUGGCAUUGUCGAAAUGCGGCAGUCCCUUAGUCACCCAUAUGUUGCCAGAAAAUUUUGCUCACUUGAAUAUACCAUUGCGUAAUGGUGUAAUUUCUAUGCGUCCCAAAGAACUAGCCAAUGUCCAACAACAUAUUCUGGAAGAUAUCGAUCCAGUGACCGUGGAUCAGUUAAGAACCUUAAAACUCAACAUUGAUAAGAUUGUAAAUAUGGUUGACAAAGCAGGAUAUUAAUAUCAAACCAUUUCUGCAACAAGCGAGCACCUCUUAAACAUAAGAAUGCCUUCUUUUUUUUAACACAAUUUAGUUUUAAUCAAUAUACUUUCUAUUAUAUUCCUCACUAGAAAUCUAAACAAAUCUAUAUUUUAUCGUAUACACCGUAUAAUAAUAUUUUUUCUUUUUAAUUUAAAUGUAUUAUCUUUGGCUAUAAUAUUAAUUUGCCUGCUUUUAUGUACUACUUAUAUCAAUAUCAUAACACAAUAAUGCAUUUGUUACUUUAUGUGCAAAAGGAGUUUCCUCCUUUUAAAUUCUAAUUCUGGCAUGAAUAAACCCUUAAUUGUUUGUUCCUUUAAACAUAACAUAAAACAAAUUUCAUGCUGAAGUUUCGCUAUAUGUAUUUUUUACGCUGUUUUAGUAAUUAUUUCUUUUUAUUUUCAUUUCCUUUAUAUAAGUUUAUUAUUAAGAUUUUUUUUUUAAGAUUUUAUAUUCAAAUCGCAAAUGAACAACAAAUAUAUAAACAUAAUUUUAGAUUUAUAUAUUUAAGAUCUUAUUCAACUAUUAAAUUGAUAAAGGUGUUAUAAAACAAAUUUUAAACGGGAGUUUUGUUUUAUAAAUUUCAAAUUUUAUUAUGAAUAUGGGUGUUAAUUUUAUGUAACGUAAGUUAAGUUUCUUUUAUUUCAAUUUUAUUAAUAAUAAAUAAAAUAUUUCAAUUGGCCAAAAA